AUGGCAUGGUUUAAGAAUGGUGAUAGAAAUUCAAAGUUCUUCUAUGCUUAUGUAAAUGGUAGAAGAAAGAAGCUCAGGGUGGACGACAUUCAAGAUGAUGAAGGUAACUGGUUGACCACUCAAGAGGAAAAUUCUCAAGAAGCAAUCGGAUUUUAUGAGAGACAGUUUGAGGAGGAUAGAAUUCCUAGAGAAGUCAAGGAAGCAGUGUUUGCUUUGAAUGGUGAAAGUGCUUGUGGUCCUGAUGGGUUCAUAGGUUUGUUCUUUCAAUCCUGUUGGGAGAUAAUCAAACAAGAUAUGGUUGAUAUGGUUCAAACUUUCUUUGAUAUGAGGCCAAUUGGUCUUAGCAAUUUCAUAAAGAAGAUCCUCUCCAGGGUACUGCAUGAAAGAAUAGUGAAGUUGCUGCCAGGAUUGAUUUUUGUGAAUCAGUUACUUUCCAACAACUGGUACUCAGUCUUAUUGAAUGGGAAAGCAUAUGGUUUUUUAAAGUCUUCAAGGAGUGUUAAACAAGGUGACCCUUUGUCACCUACUUUUUUCAUUUUGGAUGUUGAGGCUUUAUCAAGGGUGUUGAAUGCAUUAUAUGGAAAACCAAAUUUUGUGGAGUUUGGUAUGCCCAAAUGGAGUCAAAGAAUCAACCAUCUAUCAUAUGCAUAUGAUGCAAUUCUUUUUGUGUCUACUGACCAACAUUCAGUGAAAUUGAUGAUGAAAGUACUAGCUAGAUAUGAAAAGGCGUCAGGUCAGUUUGUGAACCUUAGUAAAAGUUCUUUCUAUGUUCAUGAAAAGGUGCAGAGUUAUUUGGUUUCAAGGUUGAAGCAAAUCACAAGAAUUAGACAAGGCUCUUUUCCAUUCACCUAUCUUGGAUGUCCAAUCUUUUACAGUAGAAAUAAAGUAUCUCACUAUGAUGAACUUAUAAAAAAAGAGUGCAUGCAUGUCAAGGAAUACUAUUGUCAUAUGGUGGAAGAGAAACCUUGA